AUGAAAACCUCGACUCUCGCCCUUGUGUGUACUGCUGCUGGAAUUGCCUCUGCGGUGCCUGUGACCAGCCCCGCUGCUCAAGGAAUCUCUAUAGCACUCCAGAAACGAUCAAGCUCGCGGGUAUCUCUCGCUAAAAACGGGGUAAUUCAGCCAGACGCUCUAGCACGGCACAUCGAACGAGUUGAAAGGAAAUACACUCGAGGAAACCAUGCCUACAAAGAACGAACUGGCACUGACCUAUUUCCAAACCUUGGAAGGGGCAAAUCUAAGCGCCAAAGCGUAUUGUUGACUGAUGAACAGGAUGAAUUGUGGGCUGGCGAGAUAUCAAUCGGCACUCCAGGGCAGAAAUUCCUGAUUGACUUUGACACAGGUUCUGCCGAUCUCUGGGUUCCUUCAUCAAGCUGCCGGGAUGAUGGGUGCCAAAACAAGAAUGUGUACACUUUCUCUUCGUCCUCUACCGCGAAGAAGGUAACAAGUAGCCAAAAGUUCAACAUCUCGUAUGGAGAUGGGAGCACUGCAUCAGGGCCAAUCUACACCGACACUGUCUCUGCUGGUGGUCUCUCUGUCACAAACCAGUCAUUCUCGGCUGUCACAUCCGAAUCGAGCAGUUUUUCAGAUGAUCCUAGUGACGGCAUUAUGGGGCUCGCCUUUUCCUCCAUUUCUUCGAUCGGUGCUCCCACAUUCAUAGAAAAUCUUGCAUCCCAAGGCGCUAUAUCUUCGUCUGUUUUCUCCAUGUACCUCGCGGCGAAUAACUCCGAGCUCUACCUUGGCGGGACCAACUCGACUCUUUACACUGGCGACAUUACAUAUACGAACCUCACAUCCAGAUCUUAUUGGCUUACUAAUGGUUCCUCGAAUGUAUCUGGGACGGAGGCCUAUAGCGGACCCAUGAUCAUCGAUUCUGGGACUACUCUCAUCGUUGGCGAAAAACGAUCAGUCGAAGCUUGGUGGAAGCAGGUAGACAACGCUAUGCGCUGCCCUUCGUUUGUAUGCGGGACUUCUGGAUACUAUUUGUUCCCCUGCAGCUCUCCGCCAAAUAUCACUUUUGCAUUUGGUGGGGCAUCCUACAAUAUUGACCCGGACUAUUUCAGCAUCGGAGCAGUCGAUAACUUUGGCGAGAUAUGUGUAGGCGGAAUCGUUGGUUCAAGUGGCGUCCCUGAUCAUGCUUGGGUCGUCGGGGAUGUUUCAUGCGCAACGUCUAUACGGUGUUUGAUGAGGCGAACAGCCGUGUUGGCUUCGCGAACCUGGCGUGAUAGACCCCUUACUUACUUUUUAUCAUGUAUGAAUAAUAUCUAA